AUGUCUCACCACAGUAAAAAAUGUGUCGAAAAACCUCUUCGAAAAGAACAAGGUUGUGUUGCAAGCAGCAAACAACUUGCUCGAGAACAACGCUCGUCACAUGAACAUGCAUGUAUUUCUUCUUCUUUUUCAAUGAUUCAAGUGAAUGAGAGUCCUUCCAUGCAUGCGUUGACUUUUAAUUCUUCUCCUAAUAUCAAGAAACAUGCAACUAAAAAACAACGAAACGAUACCAAUUCUACAACACCAACGACAGUUUCAUCAUCGAAUCCGUUUGAUGGUUCCUAUAGUUUUUCAUCGUAUCUGAACAUUCCAGUGUCGAAGGAAUUUACUGGUCGUGGUGAGAACACAUCGUCGUUGACUCGUGUCAAUGAUGCAUCAUCAUCAUCAGAACAUUUACAAGGAAAGAGAGGAAGAAAAUUCAAAAUACCUCCAGAAUUUCAACCGAGCAUGCUAGAAAGAACACGUGCAGCACAGCAACGGUUUCAAAUGAUCAUGCAUGCAACGUUUCAACUCGAUCCAUCACUAUUUCCUCGAUGCAUGCAAGGACUCAUGAUGCAUGCAUUGCAAAACCACACAAGAUGA